UUUAUGCGUGGAAAGAGGAAAGAAGAAAAUGGGUUUGCUUCCAAAAGUGACCCAACAAAACCACCUCCUCCAAUUGAAGUACCUGAAAUGUCACUUGAUGAACUGAAAAAAAAGACCGACGAUUUUGGGCCAAAAGCUUUGAUCGGUGAAGGAUCAUAUGGCAGAGUGUACUAUGCUAUUCUAGAUAGCGGAAAACAUGUUGCUGUUAAAAAGCUCGAUACUUCAUCAGAAACUGAGCCCGAUAAUGAAUUUCUUACACAGCUCUCGAUUGCAUCAAGAUUAAAGCAUGAAAAUUUUAUGGAAAUGCUUGGCUACUGCGUGGAAGGAAAUCAACGUCUGGUGGCUUAUGAAUUUGCUACGAUGGGUUCUCUACGUGAUAUUUUACAUGGAAGAAAAGGUGUCCCUGGUGCACAGCCUGGCCCAGCACUUGACUGGAUGCAGCGGGUCAAAAUUGCUAUAGAUGCUGCUAAAGGGCUAGAAUAUCUUCAUGAGAAGACUCAACCUUCGAUAGUCCAUCGAGACAUACGGUCUUGCAAUGUCCUUCUAUUUGAGGACUACGGAGCGAAAGUUGCAGAUUUUACUCUUUCACAUCAGUCUCCUGAUAUGGCUGCUCGUUUGCAUUCCACCCGGGUCCUUGGAACCUUCGGCUAUCAGGCUCCUGAGUAUGCCAUGGCUGGCCAGGUAACUCAGAAAAGUGAUGUAUAUAGCUUUGGAGUUGUUCUUUUAGAGCUUCUGACAGGAAGGAAACCAUUAGAUAAUGCAAUGCCUAGAGGUCAGCGAAGUCUAGUUAUAUGGGCAACGCCUCGCUUGACUGAGGAUACAGUAAAAGAAUGUGUUGACCCCAGGUUGAAGGGAGAGUAUCCCCCAAAAGGCGUUGCCAGGCUUGCAGCAGUGGCAGCACUCUGCGUGCAGUACGAACCCGAGAACAGGCCUAGCAUGAGCAUUGUCGUCAAGGCACUCACUCCCCUUUUUCAGCAUAAACCUCAACCUCCACCAGCUGCUCCUUCUGAUACACGCAACGGCUGA